GCUUGUGCCCCGCGCUACCAAUGGUUCACAGAGUCCCUGAAGAAGAGGGAGCCCGUGGGCACAUGCUACGUGGCACGUAAUGAUCUCAAAGACUUCCAGGAGUACUCACCCUGCCGAACACGCGACUGGGGAUACCACAGGCAGGGCUCCUGCCAGGCUGGCUUCGGUGCUGCGCUAUCGCCUAAUGGGAACCAUCUUUUCAUCGGUGCUCCUGGAGCUUAUUACUGGCAAGGCCAGGGCUGGGUGGCGGACCUGCAAGGCCAGAUACACUCGCAGAGUCUGGAGCGACGUGUCGAGUAUGUGCGUACAGGCGAAGGUCCAGCCAUUGAUGACGACCAAUACUUGGGAUACUCGAUGGGGGCGGGCGACUUCUCCGGCGACGGUGUUGCAGACGUGGCCAUCGGCGUGCCCAAGGGACUCAACUAUACCGGCAAGGGACUCAACUAUACUGGCAAGAUACAUGGGCGUGUUGCUUCCUUAAAGACCAAUUUUCCUCGUCAUCCCAAGAACAUCCAGCGCGAGAAACGUAAGAACAAAGGAGGAGUCCGAACGAGCCGCAACCCCACGCCGUUUUGGCUCUUGCAGCAAACGGCUUGGGCGGACUCAUUCGAACAGAAUGGUUUUGUGUUCAACGCUAACAUGAGUACAGGAUAUGAAUGCACCCCUCUGAAUUCAAUGAGUCAAAGUCCUGGAAGAAACAAACCAGCUUACGGAGGCUGGGCGAUCGCGUUGGGUGAAUUCAAUUCCCAUCAUCCAUUCGAGGAGCUUGCAGUGGCCAUUCCUAGAGGGCCCGACAAGAAUGGGAUCCUCACUGGCAAGAUUGCGAUCUACUCGCACGACCUGAUCAACCUGCAGAACAUCUCGGGAUACCAACUGGGAUCGUAUUUUGGCUACAGUCUCGCGGUGACAGACUUGAACAACGACGGCCGCGACGAUCUCAUAGUUGGGGCUCCUCUAUACACUGACUACCUCGACAGGGAAAUGAAGUACGAGGUCGGACGAGUCUACAUCAUCCUGCAAAACAGUGCCCAUCACAUGAAGAUUGUACUCAGCCUUGAAGGAGAGGUUACGAAGGCAAGAUUCGGUUUGUCUGUGGCAGCCAUCGGCGAUAUAAACAUGGACGGAUUCAACGACAUUGCAGUGGGCGCCCCAUACGGCGGUCCGGAUGGCAUGGGUGCGGUCUACAUCUACCACGGCUUCGGCCUCCGCAGCAGCGACCUGCCUAACCAAGAGAAGCAAAAACCUGCACAGGUGAUCUACAGCAGACAAGUAGGAGGCGGCAUCAGCACCUUCGGCUGGUCGCUGUCAGGAGGUCUGGACGUCGACAACAACGAGUACCCCGACCUCGUGGUGGGGGCCUACUUGGCCAACACCGCUGUCAUCCUCAAGACGCGGCCUAUCGUAAGCAUGGUGAACCACACUCUGGUCUUCAAGACAGAGUCUCGCACCCUCAACAUCGAGGACACAUCUUGCACCACACUCAGCGGUGUCGCCGUGCCCUGCGUCGACCUCCAGAUCUGCCUCUCCUACACCGGCGUCGGUGUUGGGCCUUCUCUAGAGCUCGACCUCCGUUACUCUCUCGAUGAGAAAGUUAACGAGCCGAGAAUUUACUUCAUCGAAAAUAAUAACAGAAUUUUGACCGAAAGAAUCACGAUGAACAAGAACUCUCCUCUCUGUAAGAUUCAUCAAGUUUACGCAGUGACGACUCUGACAGAUAAACUAUCGCCUCUGACCGCAAACGUGACCUACACUCUUGUGGACGCGCCGUUCGACCGCCGUCGCCGCAGCGCCCUCACGCCAAUCCUGGACCAGAAGCAGCAGCUCAGCCUGCAUGACGCCAUCACCAUCUGGAAGAAUUGUGGCAUAGAUAACGUCUGUGUGCCGGACCUCAUUGUCUUUGUCGAGGCACCUGACACGUACAUCCUGGGCAAGCCGGAGCAGCUUUCGAUCAACGUUCGUGUGACCAACAACGGCGAGGACGCCUUCGAGGCGGCCGUCUACGUGCCCGUGCCCCCAGGGCUGCUCUACAACAAGUUCAUCUCGAGGGACAACACUUCAGUGACGUGCUCUCCACGCAAGCGGGACGGACAGACCAUCAUCAUCUGCGACAUCGGCAAUCCUUUACCCAUCCGCAAAGGAGUGGUGUUCGACAUGCUGUUCCAGCAAGGCGGUAACCUGGAGCGCCCUCACUUUGAGUUCGUUGUGAUCGCCAACUCCACGAACCUCGAGGCGGAACACACGCGCGAUGACAACGUCGCCAAGACCAACGUCAUCGUCAAUGUCGACACAGAACUCUUCCUUUACGGGAACUCGGAGCCUGAGAUCCUCGAGUAUAACAUCUCGCACUACGCUGAAGGCGCGUACACCUACGAGGAAGAGUUCGGUCCUCUGGUGAUGCACAAGUACGGCCUGUCGAACAAAGGGCCUUCCGAUGUCCUGCUCGUCGAUAUCGUCAUCCUGUGGCCUUCCAAGACCCAAGAAGGCAACGACCUUCUCUACCUGCUGGAGCAGCCCUUCACGAGCGGGCCCGUGGUAUGCGACCCAGUGCCGGACCUGAACCCUCUGCAGCUGCAGCUCGCCAAUCGCGCUGAGACGUACAAGCUCCUCAAGCUACAGGCGGGCUUGGGCAGCGGCAUUGGAGGUUCAAAAUACGCUGCUUCGACCUCAAGCUCUUCAUCCACAAGCUCCUCAAGCUCAUCUUCCUCUUCAUCAGUUUCGGGAAGCACUGGUUUUUCAAGAAAGAAUGAAUUCUCAAGCAGCAGUGCCGGUGAAUCCAGUGGGGCUGGAUCUAGGAGCGAGUAUAGUUCUAGUUUCUCAUCUAGUGGUGGAUCUUUCCGAUCAAGCAGCAGCAGCUCGAGCAGUGCUAGCGCUCAUGGAGCUUCUCUAGCUGGCGGAUCACGGUACGAAGGUUCGGGUAGCGGAUCCAUAGAGACCUCAAGGCAGGGUACAACUUAUCCGGCUUCGGGAACACUACAUACCCGAACUGUCAUAGGGGCUGGAGAAAAUAUCCAUGCUGGAUCUAGUGAUGGCUACUCUCGUUCCAGUACUGGAUCCUCUAGACAAGUAUACUCACAAUCCAGCCAGAGUGGAGAAUACUCACAAGGAGGCCGUGUCCACGGUGGGGUCCACACCCAGUCUAGUGGUGCAGUGUCUGGCCACGUAUACCCUACGCAACAAGUUGACGGACAAUAUCAAAGCUCCUGGGAAUAUUCUCAGCCUGACUCAGAAUCAAGGAAAGAACUUCAUGAGUCGAGUACUAGGUACCAAUCUGGCAGUGGCUACCAAAGAGGGAGUGGCGGUCAUCGAAGUGGGUCUUCUCAAGUUAGUGGUUACCAAACUGGUGGUGUUUACCAAAGCGGUAGUGGUCAACCAUUGGACCAUGCCUCUCAAGUUGAUGGUUACCAAGCAGGCAGUGGCUAUCAAACUAGGGGAGGCUACCAAAGCAGUAGUGGCUACCAAACAAGUGGCACAUAUCACAGUGGAUUAGGAGGAGACGCUGACCAAGGCAUCAGGAGGUCUGGCUCAUCAUCUCACCAUUACUCUUCAGGAGGCCCCGGCAGAACAAACAUCUCCCGUAGCACCACAACUUACUCGUCCAGGUCCUCGUCAAGCUACAAGACAGACUCAGCUCCUCAGAAUCAAAUUAUAGAACAUCGCUUUAAACGCGACACCGAAGACCCGGAGCUUGAUUGGGAGACAGAGACGACCAACUGUGGCGCCACGGCCUGCACGUUCAUCAAGUGCACCGCAGGACCGCUGGCUGAAGGCGACGAUCUGUACGUCAUCUUGCGAUCUCGCGUAGACUUGCACACGCUUAAAAAGGAUCCAAUGUUCGUGUACAAAGACGUUCAGAUCAGCAGCCGCAUGGUGGCAAGAGUGCGCAGGCUACCGCAGAAUGUCAGCCCCGACUUCCUCAAGGUACGAAGCUUGUCUGUCUCUACGCCUGUGUCGCCGUCGGUGUCUCUUGACGAACCUCCGCCCAUCCCGUGGUGGAUCAUCGUUUACCUCACAAAUUCUUGUCUCUCCGUGGCAGUUGGGAUUCUUCAAGCGACGUCGACCUCAAAAUUAUCAGUAGGCGCUUCAGCUGCUGAUUUCUCUUCUUCAUUCUGUGGUUACUUCAAAAGAAAUCGUCCGGAAAAAGAAUCCGCGGACGAAGCUAGUCGACCGUUACACUCCAACGGUCAGUCCAACGGCCAUCCGUCGAACGUUAACGGUCGAGGAUAUUCAGCCAACGGCCGGAACGGUCAAAGUUCAAUGCAUAAACGUUUACACCCUGGCGACGAAGCUCUUUGAUAUUUAAGACCAUAAGAAACUGCUGAUUUUGUCGAGUUUUUUAUAUUGGCAUGAGCCUGUUACUUAAAGAAUCUAUCUACCGCAUUUGCAAUUUCUGGAAAAUUGAAAUUGAUUUAAAGGGAAAAAUGUUCUUUUUAUUAUAAAAUAUAAUGGGUAUUUUUGUAGAUGGAACUUCAUAUAUCACAUCCUUGAACCAAUCUGCAUAAUAAAGUUGACGCCCAACGAACAAAGAAGCUUCUACUGUAAAAUAAAAUUUAUUCGUGUUGUGAGCCAUUGUUGUUAUAGUCUUGUGUGAAUAAAUGUCCAAUGUGAUCAUGUCAUGUACUAAUCUGACUUGCUUAAUUAAGAGGCUAAUGUGUAUUGUGUGUAUGUGCCAUGAGUACUCUGCGUACUGUGUGGGUCUCUGUAUUUGUCGGACCUUAUCUGUGUUAUAAUCCAUCGGUGUGACUUUUACAACGUGCCUUCUAUUAGCUUCAUUGUACAGAUGCAAAGAUAUAUAAUAUGUAACACUUUCAAUGUACGCUGUUUUUAUCUUUUAUUGCUCUACGAUUCUUACAAUACCGCCAAAAUUGCACAAACUUUUCUAUGUGGAUUCCCUAUUGGAUUGAAUGUUUACUGUUCAUUUUUACGUAAUUUGAAAAAUAAAGAUCACUGGAAAGUACUGUUUAAAUUUUUGUGGCGGCAGAACAACUUAAUUCGACUUCUACAACGCUCGUGUAAUAUUUUUAGCGUGAGAAAAAUUUGCGCUUUCUUCAUUUCAGUGCUGUUACAUGUGUCUUAUUUGAUGCCUUUUCGAAUCUAGGUAGAAUUUGUGUAUUAAUGGUGCUUUAUUCCUAGGAUAUAUUGAGAAAAUAAUUGAUUGUUAUUUUUUUUGUAAGUAACCAAAGCGUUUUCCAUGGAAAAUCGACAUCGCUGAUUUAUUCUGUGGACAUCGUUUUGUAAAUAUUUAGCUUUAAAUAUAUUCUGCUUUGCCAAGUCUGAUUGCCAUGGCCUCUGACUGAAAUUGACGCUCCCCAAAUUAUUCUAUUAACGCUUUAAUUAAAGUAAUCUCGCUCAAAGUAACCCUCGUUUGUAUUGAGUUUUGAUCUUUUUGCUCAUAACUCUCGAUGAAACAUUUUAGUACUUUUAUCCUUCCUCAAGCACUGAUAUGUAGUAGAUAAGAGAUAUGUUCUUUGUACUAUCAUCUCUUGCUACAGCAUCAGUGAGGCGUUCAAGUCUUGCAGCAUCAGUGCGACGUGUAGACUGUGCACGAUGUUUUCAAACGAAUGCCAUUAAGUAGUUAUCGCUUCGAAACUUCAUUUCAAAUAAAGUAUUCUCCGGUGGACCUAAAACUUUCGUAAUCAUUCAAUCUGAAGAAAGUUCUUUCCGAUACAUUUUGUCUGAAUAGAUCUGACAAUCUUUUUUUAAUUGGCAUUGAUCUGGUCAUUGGCACCUACAUCAACGAGCAAUCGCUAACGAAAACAAAUUAAUAGUUCAUCAAGUGCCGAAGAACUAUUCUGACCUCUAACAUUUAAUUAUAUUGAUAAAAGUGGUGACAUUUAGCCAAGUGCAUGUAAGGUUUCAUUUAUACUCCCGACACUACUAUCUUAUCAUGGAGGGGGACAAGGGUUUACCAGCAGUCGUUGAGUGUUGGCUGUACCUUCAUUCAUAUAUUUCUUCUCAACAGAAAAGAACACAGACAAAACACGUUUUCAACAAUUCACUUGGUAUCGCGCUUCUUACCGAAGCACUUCAUAUUUUAAUUGAUCUAAUCUGCCAUUCAUGUUAGAACAACACACAGUCACGUACACAUCGAUAACCUUGAUGUUCAUCCUGAUGUGAAUUCCGUUUUAGAUGAACUUAUGUUUUUAAUUUUAUCAUGUCAUCAUUUUGUUUUUUUUUUAAGUUGUCGUACUUACUACAUAUGGAAUGAGAGCUGUCCACACUUUGAAAUUUUUUCACGGCAUCAGUAAAACUUUAAUUUUAUUAUUUUGGCAAGUGUUACUAAUGCUAUCUGAAACUUUAAAAACGCAAAAUGAUUGAUUUGUUGGUAGCAGCCCAUAUUUUUCGAACUUAUUGUCGGCCAAAAAUGAUAGAUGUAUUUCGGGACUACCCUAUAAUUAAUUUUGAAUUAACGAACAUGAAAAAUUCUCUGAUCUAGCGUUUCGGAUUUCUCUCUUGUGCUGAAAUUUAUCGUAAAGCGUCGGCUGUUCUUGAAAAAUUCCGACAUGAAUUCAUAAUAAAUUCAUACGCAAUUAAUUAUUCUCUCCGUAAAAUUUGUUAAAAUUCUUAUUGUUUGUAUGAGGUUAUGAAUCUCAAAACAUUUCGUUCCUUUUAUGAUUUACUGGAUUGAUUUGUCGAAGAGCAUUACUUAUUUUAUAAAUAUUUUCUCGCGAGUAUCAUAAAUAAAUUUUGCUGUCUGUUUUGGCUAGGACUUAUCUGUACAUAUGUGAAUAAUCUGUACAAGAAAUAACUUAUUCAAACUAAUCUUAAUAAAACGCUCACAUACAUCGUGA